UUCAGAAAUCAAAUCAAACACUCAUAACACAGACACAACCGUGGAUAGCCACAAUCGGCCUUAUUAAACUCAACUUUUACUCAACUUCUCAACAAAAUGAAGAUCGUGUUUUCUAUCUGUGUAUUUUGCUUCGCCAUAGAAGGCGCGUGGGAUGUAGAUCCAGUGGAAGUGACAACGGCGAUCGAGGGACAUUCUCUCACUCUACAUGCUGAUUUCACUGAAACACAGACAGAUGGUCUUGCAGAGUGGAUCGUUAAUGAGACGAGGAUAGCAACAAUUAACAAAGCAACUGGUAAAGUUGAAUAUAGUGAUGUGAAGUUGAUGAUGAUGUUUAGUGGCAGACUUCAUUUGGAUCAAACUGGAUCUCUCACCAUCUGGAACAUGAGAAUCAAACACUCUGGUGAAUACACAGUCGAGAGUAUCAGCAGUGUUGGGACUAAAUCCAAGAAAUUUCAAGUUAUUGUGAAAGAAUCUCCACUCAAGUCUGUUGAAGAUAAUGAAGAAAUCAAGGCACUAUUAGCUACAGAGGGAAACUCUGAGACUCUCCACACUGACACUGAACUGCAGACACGAGAUCUCAUACUGUGGAGAUAUGGAGCUGAAGGAUCUCUUAUCGCUAAAGGCGAUAGAGAAGACGAUCAUGCAUCACACUAUGAUUUGGACGAUGGGAGAUUCAGAAACAGACUGAAGAUGGACAACACUGGAUCUCUGAUCAUCAGUGACAUUGAAACUGUACAUGCUGGAGAAUAUAGACUAAAGAUUGUUAAUGACAGAGGGAUUUUAUUCAAGAGAUUCACUGUUACUGUCUCUGUGCCAGGUCUUCCUCCAGGAGCGGUGGCUGGGAUAUGUGUUGUUCUGAUGCUGGCGGCUGCGGCUGCGGCGACUGGUGUCGGGAUUUACUGGCGACACAGAGACUCUGAACUCAAAAAACUCAUACCGGGGAUCUCCAAACAACUACAGCAACUGCCGAAGAUAUCCAAACAGCUGGAGGAGUUGUCGAAGCUCUCCAAACGCUUGUCCAACAUCGAUGAGAAAGAACUGGAACAUGAAGCGAAGGGCUGUGAAAAUGAAAUAACAAAGAUCUCGGAAAAGCUAAAGAAAAUGUCCGAUGACUGUAAAAGAGAAAUACCGGUGAUCUCCAAACAACUACAGCAACUGCAUGAAGAGAAGAUCCCAGAGCGACUGUCCGAGAUCUCUGAAAACAUAAAGAAAGUGUUUGAAAGCAAGAAACCUGGAAAUCCAGAGCGACUGCGCACUGAUGUCCCAAAGAUGGAGGAAGGUGAAGGGGAACGGCUCAUACAUGUUGAGGAGACAGCCUUAAGUCUAGCUAUGGGUGAUAACAAGACAUCCAUAGACCGACAGGGCAGGAGGACCAUUGCAAUCCGUAACCCCAGUACUGAACAAGCUGGAGAUCAUGGCACUGAUGUCCCAAAGAUGGAGGAAGGUGAAGGGGAACGGCUCAUACAUGUUGAGGAGACUGUCUUAAGUCUAGCUAUGGGUGAUAACAAGACAUCCAUAGACCGACAGGGCAGGAGGACCAUUGCAAUCCGUAACCCCAGUACUGAACCUGCUGGAGAUCAUGGCACUGAUGUCCCAAAGAUGGAGGAAGGUGAAGGGGAACGGCUCAUACAUGUUGAGGAGACUGUCUUAAGUCUAGCUAUGGGUGAUAACAAGACAUCCAUAGACCGACAGGGCAGGAGGACCAUUGCAAUCCGUAACCCCAGUACUGAACCUGCUGGAGAUCAUGGCACUGAUGUCCCAAAGAUGGAGGAAGGUGAAGGGGAACGGCUCAUACAUGUUGAGGAGACUGUCUUAAGUCUAGCUAUGGGUGAUAACAAGACAUCCAUAGACCGACAGGGCAGGAGGACCAUUGCAAUCCGUAACCCCAGUACUGAACCUGCUGGAGAUCAUGGCACUGAUGUCCCAAAGAUGGAGGAAGGUGAAGGGGAACGGCUCAUACAUGUUGAGGAGACUGUCUUAAGUCUAGCUAUGGGUGAUAACAAGACAUCCAUAGACCGACAGGGCAGGAGGACCAUUGCAAUCCGUAACCCCAGUACUGAACCUGCUGGAGAUCAUGGCACUGAUGUCCCAAAGAUGGAGGAAGGUGAAGGGGAACGGCUCAUACAUGUUGAGGAGACUGUCUUAAGUCUAGCUAUGGGUGAUAACAAGACAUCCAUAGACCGACAGGGCAGGAGGACCAUUGCAAUCCGUAACCCCAGUACUGAACCUGCUGGAGAUCAUGGCACUGAUGUCCCAAAGAUGGAGGAAGGUGAAGGGGAACGGCUCAUACAUGUUGAGGAGACUGCCUUAAGUCUAGCUAUGGGUGAUAACAAGACAUCCAUAGACCCACAGGGCAGGAGGACCAUUGCAAUCCGUAACCCCAGUACUGAACCUGCUGGAGAUCAUGGCACUGAUGUCCCAAAGAUGGAGGAAGGUGAAGGGGAACGGCUCAUACAUGUUGAGGAGACUGCCUUAAGUCUAGCUAUGGGUGAUAACAAGACAUCCAUAGACCGACAGGGCAGGAGGACCAUUGCACUCCGUAACCCCAGUACUGAACAAGCUGGAGAUCAUGGCACUGAUGUCCCAAAGAUGGAGGAAGGUGAAGGGGAACGGCUCAUACAUGUUGAGGAGACUGCCUUAAGUCUAGCUAUGGGUGAUAACAAGACAUCCAUAGACCCACAGGGCAGGAGGACCAUUGCAAUCCGUAACCCCAGUACUAAACCUGCUGGAGAUCAUGGCACUGAUGUCCCAAAGAUGGAGGAAGGUGAAGGGGAACGGCUCAUACAUGUUGAGGAGACUGUCUUAAGUCUAGCGAUGGGUGAUAACAAGACAUCCAUAGACCGACAGGGCAGGAGGACCAUUGCAAUCCGUAACCCCAGUACUGAACAAGCUGGAGAUCAUGAAUCAUCAGGAAGAGAAACACCUUCUAUUGGCCAAAUAGAUGAUGAUGAUGAUGGAGGAGAGAAUUAGCAGUAGAAGAAGAGUUUAGUUUAAUGAGAUAAGACACGCCUACCAGUGUCAAUCACUGUGACAUCAUCAACAUUUCAGCUCAGUCUUUUAUAAGCUUCUAGAAACAUCUGAUGAAAGUGAGAACGAGUUUUUUGAGUAGUGUGUGAAAAUCUUCAUGGGUUUAGAUGAACUGGGAAAUGUGCUGAUGGAAACACUGCCAUAUAUAAUUGUGCUAAUGCUUCACUACAAGUGUUACUCUUAACAUAAUACUAAUAUGACUCUCAAACCUUUGAUCACAUAUAUUUUUAAAGAUGUGUUUUACCACAGCAGUAAAACCAUUCUAUGUGCUGUUUUAUUUAAUUAACACUAGUACAAGUUUUUUUUUUAGUUUUGUUUUUUGGUCAAGUAAAACCAAGUAGCAAAGUACACACUGCACUAGUUUAAAGGCAAAACAACCUACGAGUGUCUGCCUUGAAGAGUCAUUAAAGGGAUAGUUCACCCAAAAAUGUAAAUCCUGUAUUUACUUACUUCAUCUACUUUUUCCAAUAGUUUUGUUUGUUCCUACUAUGAAAGUCAAUGAAUACUGUCAACUGUCUGGUCACCAACAUUCUUCAAAAUAUCUCCCUUUGUGU